AUGGCCGGACAGCAGCCCGUGUUCGUCAUGAACACCGGCCCGGAGCGCCAGACGGGCCGUAAGGCCCAGAUCUCCAACAUCACCGCCGCAAAGACAGUCGCCGACGUCAUCCGCACCUGCCUCGGCCCCAAGGCCAUGCUCAAGAUGAUCCUCGACCCCAUGGGCGGCAUCCUCCUCACAAACGACGGCAACGCCAUCCUCCGCGAGAUCGAGGUCGCCCACCCGGCCGCAAAGAGCAUGAUUGAGCUCUCGCGCACCCAGGACGAGGAGGUCGGCGACGGCACCACCAGCGUCAUCAUCCUCGCCGGUGAGAUCCUCGCCCAGUCGCUGCCCCAGCUCGAGCGCGGCAUCCACCCGGUCAUCAUCAUCUCGGCCUUUAAAAAGGCCCUGGCACGCGCCCUCGAGAUCAUCGACGACAUCUCGAUCCCCGUCGACAUCGACAACGAAAAGGACAUGCUCGCCCUCAUCAAGACGUCGAUCGGCACCAAGUUUGUGUCGCGCUGGUCCGACCUCAUGUGCAAGCUCGCCCUCAAGGCCGUCCGGACCGUCUCGACCACCGACGCUUCCUCGGCCGGCUCGACCGCCGCCGCCACCGCCGGCUCGUCGCCCAGCAAGACCGUCGACCUGAAGCGCUACGCCCGCGUCGAAAAGGUGCCCGGAGGCGAGAUCGAGAGCUCGCGCGUCCUCGACGGCGUCAUGCUCAACAAGGACGUCACCCACCCCAAGAUGCGCCGGCGGAUCGAGAACCCGCGCAUCCUCCUCCUCGACUGCCCGCUCGAGUACAAGAAGGGCGAGUCGCAGACCAACAUCGAGAUCACAAGAGAAGAGGACUGGAACCGCAUCCUCGAGAUCGAGGAGCAGCAGAUCAAGCUCAUCUGCGACAAGAUCAUGGAGUUUAAGCCCGACCUCGUCUUUACCGAAAAGGGCGUCUCGGACCUCGCCCAGCACUUCCUCCUCAAGCAGAACAUCACCUGCAUCCGCCGCGUGCGCAAGUCGGACAACAACCGCAUCGCCCGCGUCACGGGCGCCACCAUUGUCAACCGCGUCGAGGACCUCCGCGAGUCCGACGUCGGCACCCAGUGCGGCCUCUUCCACAUCGAGAAGCUCGGAGAUGAGUACUUCACCUUCCUCGAGGAGUGCAAGGACGCCAAGGCGUGCACCAUCCUGCUGCGUGGGCCGUCCAAGGACAUUCUCAACGAGAUCGACCGCAACCUGGCCGACGCCAUGGCCGUGGCGCGCAACGUCGUCUUCAACCCGGCGCUGGCGCCCGGUGGCGGUGCUACCGAGAUGGCGGUGGCCUACGGCCUGUCGGAGUUUGCGAGGGAGAUGGAGGGUGUCGAGGUCGGUCCCGUCCGCGCCGUGGCGGAUGCGCUCGAGGUCAUCCCGCGGACGCUGAUCCAGAACUGCGGCGGCAACGCCAUGAAGACGCUCACCGCCCUCCGGGCAAAGCACGCCAACGGCGAGCACUCGUACGGCGUCGACGGCGAAAAGGGCACCGUGGUCGAGAUGAAGGAGUACGGCCUCUACGAGAGCGCCGCCGUCAAGAUCCAGACGCUCAAGACGGCCAUCGAGUCGGCCUCUUUGCUGCUUCGGGUCGACGACGUCGUCUCGGCGCGGAGGCAACAAGGCGGUGGCGGCGGUGGCGGAGGAGGUGCGCCCAGCAUGCAGGGCAUGGAGGAGGGAGGCGGAGAGAUGCCGCAGAUGUAG